AUGUCGUCCGUCCCUUCAUUCGCCGGCAUGUCCGGCAAGAACCUGAUGUGGUUCAUCACAAUAUGUGCAACCAUGGUAUUCUUACUCUUCGGUUACGACCACCAGAGGGUGAUGAGCAGUAUCAUUGACUCUGACCCUUUCAACAAUGUCUUUACGGCCACAAAAGGAAACUCAACCAUGCAAGGUGUUGUCACCGCCAUCUACGAGCUGGGUUGUCUUGCUGGCGCUUUGUUUAUUCUAGCAUGCGGUGACUGGCUUGGUCGACGCUGGUUCAUCAUGCUCGGGGCCACAGUCGUGAUUCUCGGAGUCAUUCUCCAGGUCACAGCUUACCCCGGUCACGUCCCGCUGGCUCAAAAUUGUAUUGGACGAGUCAUCACCGGCAUCGGCAACGGCAUGAACACGUCUAUCAUACCUACGUACCAGGCCGAAUGUUCUCGGACGUCCAACCGGGGUCUCCUGAUUUGUGUCGAGGGCGGUACGGUCGCGAUCGGCACGUUGAUCUCCUACUGGGUGGAUUUCGUGCCUCGUACGGAACCCCUGAUCUCACCUGGAGGUUUCCGAUUGCUUUCCAAUUCCCCUCGCUGGCUCUUUGCUCGGGAGCGGUACGAGGAAGGCGAACGUGUGAUCGCUGCAUUGAUGGGCCGGGAGAUCGCUGAUCACGACGUCCAGUUGCAGAAGACGUUGAUCCUGGAUUCACUCCGAGCGUUCGUUUUUCUCUUCCCUGUGUCGUUGACCCUGGUGGCUAAUGGUCGCAGUUCUGGCCAAGCUGGUAAAUCCACUCCCAUGUCAGCCGUACUUACUAGUGGCAAAACGCAGCAUUGUCGCCGCAUGCUUCUCGGAGCAUCCUCCCAGUUUUUUCAACAGAUCGGUGGCUGUAACUUUAAGUGGUAG